AUGGAAGAAGUCGGAAUAGUUAUCGUCGGCGGUGGAAUUGCCGGACUCGCCACUUCUCUAGCUCUUCAUAGGAAAGGAAUAAAGAGUGUGGUGUUGGAGAGAGCAGAGAAAGUGAGAUCGGAAGGAUCUGGAAUCGGAACUCUCACUAAUGGUUGGAGAGCUCUUGAUCAGCUUGGCGUCGCUCAUCGUCUUCGUCUCACUUCUUCUCUUAUUCACAAAGCACGGACCAUGUUGAUUGAAAAUGGGAAAAAACGAGAAUUUGUUUCAACCAUCGUAGAUGAAGCACGUUGUCUUCGAAGAAACGAUCUUGUUGAGGCCUUAGCCGAUGCUAUUCCAGAAGGAACUAUCCGGUUUGGUUCCCAAAUUGUUUCUAUAGAGCAGGACGGAACAACGUCGUUUCCGGUCGUUCACUUAUCCAAUGGAAGUAUGAUUAAAGCUAAGGUCUUGAUUGGAUGCGACGGUGCAAACUCCGUUGUCAGUGAUUAUUUGCGGUUAGGCCCGAAAAAAGCGUUUGCUUGUCGUGCGGUUAGAGGGUUCACAGAUUACCCAAACGGCCAUGGAUUUCCAAAAGAGCUUCUAAGGAUGAAAGUAGGAAAUGUGUUAGUCGGAAGGCUUCCUUUGACCGAUAACCACGUCUUUUGGUUUGUAGUCCACAUGCAAGAUAACCAUCUCCAGGGUAAAGAUCAAGAAUCAUCAAUCGCGAAUGUGACUCUAAAAUGGGUCGGCGAGUUGUCUGAAGAGUGGAAAGAAAUGGUGAAAAUAUGCGACGUAGAAUCACUAUCAAUGACACACUUAAGGUACCGCUCUCCGUGGGAAAUCAUGUUCGGAAAAUUUCGUCGUGGGACCGUGACUGUCGCCGGCGAUGCGAUGCACGUGAUGGGUCCGUUCUUGGGACAAGGCGGCUCUGCCGCGCUAGAGGAUGCGGUCGUUUUGGCUAGAUGUCUAGCUAGAAAAGUGGGUCCGGACCACGGAGACUUGCUAAAGGAUUGUUCGAUGAAAAGCAUUGAAGAUGCUAUUGAUGAGUAUGUGGAGGAACGUAGGAUGAGGCUAGUCAGGCUUUCGACGCAGACUUAUUUGACCGGACGUUCGCUACAAACGCAGUCAAGGGUUGUGAGGCUAAUGUUUAUUGUGCUGUUGGUGAUAUUGUUUGGCCGUGAUCAGAUUCGUCAUACUAAAUACGAUUGUGGCCGUCUUUAG